UUCCUUUCUACGACCCUGAUUCGAACAGCUGUUGAGAGCUGUCAGGGUUUUCAAACAAUCUUGGCUUUGAAAUUUUAGUAACACGUUGGGUUAAAUUUCUAACGUAGCCCAGUCGUAAUGUUUGCGAGCUUCUUUCGACCGCUCCUUCGAUCUCACCGCCAAAUAUGGGUCGCUUUAAGUGUUCACCUGAGAAGAUUCAUGUCCGCCGGCUUCAUCAACAGGUAUUGUCUGAGAAAGGUGGCAACACUUAUGCCGGUAGCAAUCAUACGGACGGCAAACUGUUACCCAAACGAACCAAAUGGUCCGGGAGAGAAGCGUAGGACACGAAAGCGCUCAAUGAGCAGGGUCAAAUUCGACAUGUCGCUGGAGGGCAAAGCCCAGCAAUAUCUGGACGACCUGAAGGCGCGGUGGAUGGAGCUCCAUAAGGUUCCCGGCCUGUUUUCCUAUCAGUUGCAAAAGACUCCCCGAGUUCGACAGAUUCCAGGACCCAGUGGAUUUUAUACGGAACUGAACACGGACCGCUCCAGAAAACGCCGCCAGCCUCAGACCAUCGAGAACCUUAAUCCAACUUUUAAGCCAAAAAUGUUUAAUUUCAACAAAGUGGACCCAAUGGAGGUUCUCCUUAAGAUUGACGAUGCCGAGGGAAGUCCCGAGGUGCAAAUGAUCAUCAACAAGAGUCCUAUCACCAAGUACCACACCUUAAUCUGCCCCGAAGUGGAGAAGAACCAUGUACAACGGCUCAACCGCGAGGUACUGCAUUUUUCCAUCACGUUCAUGCGUAACAUUGAUGACCAAUUUAUGCGUAUCGGUUACAACAGUCCUGGUGCCCUGGCGUCAGUGAAUCACCUCCACUUCCACCUGCUGGAAAUGCCCUACAGUCUGUACGUUGACCGUGUUCCAUUGGAAAAACUAGCUGGGAACUAUAUUUAUCGGCUAAGUCGGCGAGCGCCCACAGAGGGCAUUUGUUUCGUGUUCGGCAAUGAAGAUAGCGAUGAAGUGGUUGAUGAAAAAGUGUCGAAACUUUACGAGCUUGCCAUGUGGAUGUGCAGGUGCAAUAUGCCCCACAAUCUAUUUAUCACACAAGACCUGCGACCAGGAAAAAAAGGCGACGUUUUGGUGUUUGUGUUUCCUCGAUCUGAAUACUGCGUAAGCAAAGAUUUGGCCGACUUCAAUGUAGGAUUCUGUGAGUUGGCCGGAUACAUUCCAUUACCAGACCCAGAUAGAAUGAACAAUAUUACGGAACAGGAAGUACUUCUCAGAAUCCGCACGGUUACUGGCGAUGCCCCCAAAGAUGCCUACAAGCAAAUGAUAAAAAUUAUUGAAGGACGGGAGGAAGAACUGUGGGACAAUCCUUUUACGAUGUAAAGAUUGUGAAAAAAUAUAGCUGAGACCAUUUUUAUUAGAA